AUGAAGUGUUUAGUGGACAAAUACAAGGAGUGUAAAGACUGGAACCAAAAACAGAGCAGUGGUUCCAUUUGGAAGUCUCUGCACUACAACGAAGUAGAUGCAGUGCUCGGAGUGCGUGACCUCGUCAUGUUCAGCAAUGUAGUGGGAGCUGGUUCGGAGAGCUCAAACACAUCAAACACAACAAGCCAAGAAGAGUCUUCAUCAGGCACUCCUUCUCCUUCUCCUGCCAACACUUCAAGCAGUUCAGCAGAAAGUGAAAAGGAGAGCAGGCGUAUGAGAAAGAAAAGGAAGACCCCACAGACCCCUGAUACAGAAAAUGAAACCAAAAAAGUCAUGAAGACCAUAACAGACCAGGGAGGAAGAAUUGCCGGUGUGAUGGAAAAAAUGCAAGAGGCUCAGGCAAAACAAAUAGAUAUGAUGACCAAAUUUAUGGGGGCCAUGCUUGAAAUUUUAACCAAAGACAAUUGA